AUUUAUUUUCCUUUUAAUAUGUAGCGACGUCCAGAGGAUGACGUCAGAUGGUACACUAACAUCUCAUUGGUUGACAGUUGCACCAAUAGGAAAAGACGUAUUGCCCGAAAAGGCGUGAAUAAUUCAAUAAGAAUUUCCGUCCACCUUUCUUAAUCCGGUUUCCAAAGAAAAAUCACUUGUUUUUUUUAUUUUUUUAAUUUAUAAGUUCUGGUAAAAUAGCAAGGCGCAUCCGCCACAAUUAAAUUAUUGGCUAACCUGUUACUUUUUUUUAUCAUGUACAGAUAUUUCAUUUUUAUCAUAUUUAUGUUGGCAAUAAUUUGCGUUAGUAAAAGCGUCCAUCGACUAAAUCUAAUAUGGCGAAAAAACAUUACAGUGUAGUGUAAUUUAACAAACGUAUUUAAAAUAAAUUGUGACAAGUGUAAUAUUUAUCCUUAUUCCGUAUAUCGUAUAAUUACGUGCGUAGAUUUUUUUUCACUCCAUAUCUCUCUCCGUUUUCUUAAAUUUGAAAAAAAUAGUAUCACUUGCAUGGCAUUGUAUCAGUGUUUAUAAACUUAUCGAGAAGAGCGAGGAAUACAAGUUUUUAUGUGUAAAAUUAAUCAAAUAAUGAUAAGUCCAAUACAAGUUUGGAAUAUGGAUGUUCAAGAAUAUAUUGAAUCGAAAAGCAAUGAGUCUGUUUCCGAUGAAGAACCUGUAAUAAUAGAGAAGAACCAGCCACUAGUUAAGGUUAUUUUUCAGAAUGAAACUAUUGCUAGAAAAUUUCGACAUGAGAUAACCGCAAGCAUAGAGGCUUUGAUUAAUUCAAAGAAUGUUAAUCUAUGCAGUAAUUACUCUAACCUAAUAUUAGAAUUUUGGGAUAAACCGAAAGAAUGUGAAGUUAUUGAAAUUAAUACAGAAAGCGAUAACAGCAAAGAUCUCUUUACUCUGGAUACUCAGCCUUUAAUAUGGCAAAAUAAUGAUGUACCUACAUAUGACACAUCUUAUAAAUUAUUUGAUGAAAAUGGAAAGAGAAAAGAAGAUAAUAUAAAUACUGGAGAAGAAACAAACGUAUGUAGUAGAAAACUUUCAUGUUUUAAUUGUUCUGGAAACCAUAACUUAAAUGAUUGUGUAUUGCCUUGGAACCAUGCAAAUAUAACUAAGAAUCGUAAUAUAAAGCUUAGUGAUAAAAAAAGUCAUAAAGGUAUAAGAUAUCAUUUAGAUGAUGGUCAAAGAUUCGGUCACUUGAUUCCUGGUCAAAUUAGUAAAGAUUUACGUAACGCAUUGGGCCUCAGAGAUAAUGAAUUACCUUUGCAUAUUUACAGAAUGAGAGCGCUUGGUUAUCCUCCUGGAUGGUUAGAAGAGGCACGCUUACAACAUUCAGGAUUAUCUCUGUUCAAUUCGGAUGGAGCACCAGAAUUGGAUCCUGAUGAGGAACCAGGAGAAGUGAUAAUACUAGAAGAUAAAGUUCAAUACGAUGUAAACAAAAUCGUUGACUUUCCUGGAUUUAAUGUUUCACCUCCAUCAGGUACUCGGGAUGAAUACAUGCAUGCUUGGACUCGUGAACUACAAUAUGCCCAUAGUAAGGAAAAUAUGCUAUUAUAUAUGGGUGACAAGAAAACAGCAGGAUAUAAGAGGAAAAAAUUAAAAUUAAAUACAUCUACAACAAGCAAUUCAUCUAUAGUAUCUAGCGAUAUGGAGAUAGAAGAUUUAAGUGGAGUCGAAACUAUUGUUGAGACGGUACCUAUUAAUGGACAUUUUAUACCACCUUUACCAAAAAGUCCACCUACUAAACCUCCAGAACCUCAAUCUUCGUCAUCAACAUUGGAGCAGUGUUCGUUUGAUAGUCAAUCGCAAGAUUCUAUUGAUGGAAGUGUAUCGCCAUUGUCCAGGACAAAUUCACCAUCGUUAUCAGAUCUGGAAAGUAUAAAAAAACGAUUACUUGUAGAGCUUGAAGAUUCUAGCUCGCAAUCUAAUCUUGAAACACCCGUCAAAUGCAAUUCUUUAAAUAGUACUUCGAAAUCGGAACCACCUUCACCAUCCAUUGAAAACACACCACAAUCCGAUCUCUCACAAAAUAUGCAUAAUUCAUUAAAUUCAAGUCAAGGAAGCAUAAAAUCAAUAGAUUUGGGCACACCAAUAGUACAAAGAAGUUCUCCUUUUAAUAAAUUACCGUCAUCGGACAAAUUUUCAAAGAAUAUUUGCGACGUGAUAAAUUUUGAAAAUUUACCAGACUCUACUGGUAAAUACGAACAAAUGUCUGAGGUUUUACAAAAGGUACGAUCUACUAUGGCCAAAAUUAAUAGCGAUUUGUGAAAGCUAUUAAAAUAUCUCAAUCAGGAUUGAACUAUAUCUAAUUGAAAUAGUUGCAAUACCAAUAUAAUUUGUUAUACAAAGUUUGUACAUAAUAUUUUAAUAUAAAAGAUGUCGUCGUGCAUAAUAAUAGCAUAAUAAUAAUGCAUUAUUGUAGACGAUAGAGAUUAAGUGGAAAAUACAGGUUAUUUGUGAACAAUAUUGUAAAAUGUGGAGAAAAGAAAAGAUAAGGAAGACUUGUUCGACCGUAGUAGAUUAAGUCAAUAAAUAUAUUUAUAAUUUAGCCAUAGAUGGUACGAUAUUGCAAAAUUGAAAAUAAAUUUUUGUAAAUCAAUGCUUAUUUAACAUCACAUUAAAAGUACAAAAAUAUAAUAAUAAUCUUAACAUUUUUGUUUCUUUAUAUAAAUAUAAUAAAAGACUAAAUGGCUUUUAUCAGAUUCCAUGAGAAAAGCAUUUUAAAAAUUAAUCAUCUACGUUGUUUUAAAUUAUUCACUUUUCGCUUUUGAUUAAAAUAAAUGCAUUAAAAAAAAAUUGUUUAGAAUUAUUUAUCAUAACGUCAAAUGUGAAAUAACUGCCAAGCAAUAUAGUGGGGGGAAAUAAAGGGAAUGAAAACUUCUCUAUAAUUUUUUAGUGUGAAACCUCGUAUUAAAAUGAUAUAAAAAAAAAAGAGAGA